AUGGCCCAAACCCACCAAACUCGCGCGCAGAGGAUGUUGCAGGCGCGUUAUGUGCAGCUGCGCGACCACAAAUCGGAGCAUAUCUCCGUUGAGGAGGCCUUGAAGAUGAGGAUCGAGGUGACCGGGCUCGAUCUCGAGUCUUUGUCGAGUGCGUUCUUCAGGCCGCUCACAUCAAAAUACUUCGCAAGCUAUCCCGUUCUAGCCAAGACCAAGGAAGCGAUUGAACGCGAAGAGCCCACAAUGUUCAAAGUGAGAGAAUACAACGCGGCUGCUGCCGCAUUAGUCUCGACCUCGUGGGAGCGCAUGCAAUGGAGCCCGGCUUCUUGUACCGGCGAUAUCACAAACACCCUGGACAAUUUUAUCUGGCAUCUGCCACGCCAGAACGCUCCGGAGGGACUGGGGUGUUCGCUGGCGAACUUUUCGAUUUGGAGCCCUGCCGACACCCCUGCUCUCGUUGGCAAGGCCCGUUAUUUAAACGAUCCCCCCCUCUCCGAUAGGACCUCUCGGCUGGAUUCGAUGUUUCAGGUGGAAGAAUACACAUACCCGCACGUUGUGAUGACUCUGAAAAACUACACCCGGCAGCCCGCGUCGGACGGUGUCUUGCUUAGACACGAGCUCGCGUACAUCGUCCGGGCGAUGCAGCUUCGCUUAGAGGAAGGCUAUUUUGACCAGGAUCAGCCGCAGCCGGUUUUGCUACUUUCGUUCAUGGCCCCUCAGCAUGGGCGCGUGCUGGAGGCACACAUAGAAGGAAGCUCCAAGAUCCUCAUAAAGUGCAGCCGCCUCUACAGCUUUGAAAAGAAUGAAGAUGCACCCUUCGAGCUCUUCUACCGCUGGUUGCUCGCGGAUCCUGUCGGGAUGACGCCAUGCGAGCCGAAGCCUGAAGAGUAG